CUAAGCCCGGAGCAAUUGCUGCACUCACUUCCGCUUGUGCCACCGGUGGAGUGCUCUCCCUUGUCCUUUUAAUUUACUAUAGCACGUGACCCUAUGUUUUUGUACGGUUUAAUAUUGAGGACGAUCUAAGAUGGCUGCUUUAAACAUGGACAAAAUUCCUGGCUCUGUUGGAUACCAAAUACUUAAUGAAGAAGGUGCAAUUCUGAGUUCGUUUGGUGAACUAGAAUAUGAUGAAGUCACCGCUAACCGAAUAUACAGAUUCUUGCACAUAGCAUGUAAAAUGCCACUUGCUGAAAGGAAAGAUUACUGGAAAAGAAUUAUGGUACUCUGGGAGGAUUUCAUGUAUGUCAUCACUGUAUCGAAUCGCAAAAUCUACGUAUGCAAACGGAUUUAUCAACCAGAGGCUGUGAAUGUUUGAAGAAAUGGUACCUGUGUAUAAACUACAGAUUGUAUAAAUAAAAUGUUAUGUGGUAACUUGUUGUACAAAGCCAACGGACUGAAAGACAGAAAAACAGCAACGCAGACCCUCCUUUCUUUUUUCCUGUCUGGUCUUAAAAAUCUUUUCCAAACUGACUGAUUCCAUGAUUGAUACAUUUGAACAUGCCUAAUAAGUUCACUUAAGAUCACUGUUCCAAUCAAAUACUUUCCCUCCUCUAACUUAAAUGAACAGAACAAGACGAAAAGUAUAUUGUUCUCUCUCUGCAUCUGACUCUUCUUUCCGAGGCUGUUUUAGCCUUACUUUCUCUUUUAGACUGGAUUUCUCUCUUUACAUACACACACAUACACAUCACUAUUAAAUAUGAGUAAGUACGUGUAUGUAGAAAAACAGGUAAAAAAAAAAAAAAUGAUAGUAAAGCAGGAGCUUUAUUUCCAGUUUAUCUAUGCAUACAUCUUACAUAUUUGUAUUUAAUAGGCACAAAUAUAUUCUCUGAACUAUCCUAAAUUAUAUUUGCUUUCAUACGCAGACUUUUAUGAAGAGAUAUAAUGAAUACUGUUUCUCAGAAGGUAACUGGAACUAAAAUUACUGUUCAAACUGUUUGAGCUUUAUAUAUAUAUACACAUAUAUAUACACACACAUACACACAUAUAUUUAUAUACAUACACAUAUAUAUUUAUAUACAUAUACAUAAAUAAAAAUCUGUAUGUGUAUAUAUAUAUACACACACGUGUGUCUUGCACGUAUGUAUAAUAUAUAUAUAUAUAUAUGUGCAAAAUAUUAGUUAUUAAUUUCUUUUUUUUUAAUUAUGGAAAUCUUCUUUAGGAGGUGGCCACCAAGGAAGUACAGUCCAAGAUUUGGUGCUUCACUAGGUGCAACUUGGUGUUACUUCAAUUGACAACUCGGUUGGUGUUAAGCCUGGUUAAGAGAAAUCAGUUUCAAAAUCUUUUAUAUUUGAGAUUUUAAUAGCUUUGAAAUCAUUUAUUUACUUUCUAUUGCAACAGUUUUCUAAGAAUUAAAGACUUUUUGGUUUACAACUGACACCGCCAAUCUUGAUAAGUCGUAUCUUAUUAUCAUGAACAAAAUAUACCUGCGCCAUGUAACUAAGAUAUGAUAAACUCGGUGUAUGCAAUUGAAACAUCAUUAAAUCAAAAUAGCUGUCUGUGUACCAUACCUAAUAUAUACACACCAUUAAAAGGCAUAAUGCUGUGAUUUUCAUUCAAGAAAAAAUUUCUUCAUAGAUAUGUAUUAAAUAUACAUCAGAGCAAGACAAACUCUCUUGUAGUUGUGUCUCAUGAGAGUUCUCAUGAGUUGCUGCUGUGCUGUUUGCUUUACUCCAAUAUAUGUUGUCUGCAAAGAGAUUUCCUCACAGACGAAAAUCACAGCAUCAUGCCUUUCAAUGAUCUAUAUAUGUUACGUAUCACAGUUGGUUAUUUUAUAUGAAUUUUAAAGUUGGUUUUCAGUCAGACAAAAAUUUUAAAUGAUAUAAAACGACAUAAAGUUGGAAUUAUUUUCUUUAAUUAGUAAUAAUAAUAUUUUUAUAUGGUUUAUUUUCCUUAAGUAAUUGACUUCUACUAUUUAACUAAGUAACUUUACUAAAAUAUUUCCAUCUAGGUGAAUCUAGGGUUUGAUUAGAAAUCAACUCACCUUGAUUACAGUAUUUCUUUUUACUUACGUACAUCAUGUUAUCUAUUUUAUUUUAUACUUUGUUUUCUUCUUUGCCUUUUCCAGAUUUUUUUAAUUUUUAUUUUUCGUUAUAUCGACUUUUCUUAAGCUCAAAAGUAACCAUGAUGUGUUCAAAGACACGCAAAAAAGAAAAAUAUAUAAAGAAAUUCACCCAAAUAUGCAUGCUUCUUUCCUGAAUAAGCUUCUGAAUAAGAUCCCCUUGACCUUCCUUACAAAUCCAGCAAAAUUAUCAUGGCUGAUUAUUUAAUAAAGUAUUUAUAAAAUG